CUUCUUUGUAAAGCGGAUGCUCGCCCCGGAUAGCAUCAAGUCUCUGUAUCGCCAGCAGAAGGACCCAAUUUCUUCAGUCUCCAUAUUACUCAGAUAGACGGACCUUUGAAUCAGCGUCGAGAAGUCGAGAAGGUAUUCUUCAAUGGCUACAUCGCAGGGAGACCAACGCAGUAGUCGGGAACUGGAGAGCUCGUCUGUCCACUUCUCCGAUGAUUCCAUGGCGUCUUCCACGGAUGAAGGGGACGACAAGAACAAACGUAGCUCGGCACGGGAGAAGUUUCGUAGAAAAUGCGAAGCAACCAAGAACUCCACCUGGGAUCAAACAGAGACUGCCAAGUGGAAGCUUCGCAGGAAGACGGCGCCUCUUUGCAGCGCUUGCAGAGAAAUUCCGUUCGCUGAGUGUCUCUCAGACUCCACAGGCGAAGGCGGAACCCAGGUUUCGAACGCGAGAAAACGCAAAGAGCUCGUGUAUAUCAAAAGUUUGUCGAGGAUCUUGAAGUAUCGGGAUUGGUGUAAAUUGUGUAGGCUACUGUUCCGAAGCAUUUGCCAGCCGGAGUACGACUUGCUGAAAGCAGAGCAUAUCAGCAACGGCCUGCACGAUAACGACAAGCUGAAAGAAAUCGAGAGUUUCGCUGAAUGGACCGAGAAGCCGGCUCAUUGGAGGGCGGGAGCGGAUGUGUGGCCGUUCGGAUACGCAGUCGAUCGCCGGCAAGCCGCUCAAUCGACGCAGGAAAAGGCAAAGAGACUCUUUUCUCAGGCCGAAGAGCGCGAUCUCAAUUUCAAGAGCCUCAAUGAUAUUGCUGAGAUGUACAAGACUGACAGCCUGUCUGACCGCACGGUGGAGGUUACCAACACGGCGAUAUCGAUCAUGAAUACGGCCGGGACAGACAAUCCGCAGGUGCGAGAGGUUUUGGCUCGUGCUCAGGCGGUGACAGGCCAUAUGGCGCUGUUCAAUAGUAAGAAGAGAAGGAGACUGCCUUGUAUUCUUGUGAUAAGGGCGUAUCGGAAGGACGAGGAGAAAGCGGGUGUACUGAGCGUCCGCGUAUAUGGCCAUGGGCGGGUGCCGCUCGCUCCGUUGAAAGAGAUAUGCCAUUUCAGCUUGCGGUUCGAGACGGGGAGCUCCCCCAAUCUGCGGAAUCCGCGAAGAGUCAAGGAGCAGAUUUGGUACGGGAAUAAACUAGAACUCCGGAUCAACGUCGACUUUUUCGCAGAGUGCGCGAAUGCGUGUAUGGCGCUGCAUAAAGAAUGUGCAAAGUUGCAGUGGAGCACGUCAGCGAACUCAAACGCAAGGGACCGUGAUGGCAAUGCCUCGUUUAGACUGAUCGAUGUGCAUAAUAUGCGCAUCAUUGAGACCGACUUUGAAGAGACCAUCCGACCAGAGCCGCACCGGUAUCAUCUGGAUUAUGUGGCGCUCAGCUAUACCUGGGGCAAAAAGCCAUUACCUAAGGGCUGGAUACAGCAGACUAGGGCUUCGCGCCAAGGGGGGCCUCCGCAAACGGAAUACUAUAACUUGGAGACUCGACAGGCAACGUUGAAUCGUCCAGAACACGAUGAAAGCCAAAUCCCUACACGACUUACGACGGAUAACGAGAGAAUUUUGCUAAGCGAGAAUGGCUUGAAGGGUGACGGGGUGUAUAUUCCGAAAACCAUCGACGACGCAAUCAAAGUCGUAAAAGAAGCAGGUCAACACUAUCUCUGGGUCGACAGCCUUUGCGUCAUUCAAGAAGAACACACUUCGGACAACCGAGCCAACAUCGCGCGCAUGGGGCGCAUUUACAACCACGCCCUCUUCACUAUUGUGGCCGGCGAUAGCCCGCAUGCGGACGCCGGCAUCGACGGCAUCAGCCGCGACCGAGAUACCUCAGAGGUGAUCAUGGAGGAGAAGAUCGUUGGCAACGCGCAACUGUUUUUGCCGGUUGGUUUAAAAGGGUUGAACUUUCGGCCGUGGGAGGAAAGGGCGUGGUGUUUCCAGGAGAAGGUAAUGUCGAGACGGCUGCUUGUUUUUGCAACUGGUUAUGCAGUAUGGCAUUGUAGGGGAGGUGUUUGGAGAGAGGAUGUCAACGCGUUAGAUGGGGACAAGAGUUCGGUUUCGUUCCCGUGGCUUCGUUUAACCCCGAUCGACCCGCCUGAUACCACGGCUCUCGCUCGAGCGGGACUAGAGAAGAGGAAAGAGGACGGGAGCGUGAGAUUAAUGAGGCACCCGGCUAUGGAUCAGUAUAUUAAUGCGGUGGAAGAUUUUAGUCGAAGAGCUAUCGGCGAGAGCUGGAAAAUCCUCGACGCAUUUAAAGGAGUACAGAACAUACUCAAAGGUCCUGAACUCCUUCAUUCGCCCUUUCGAAACGGUCUACCGAGCAAUUACCUAGACAUUGCGCUGUUAUGGCAGCCUAAACAGCCUUUACGCCGUCGAAGGGAUCAUGUUGACGAACAUGGAUGUGUUCUCCAUUGCCCGCCGAGCUGGACAUGGGCUGGCUGGGAAUCUUCACAAGAAUGUGAAUACCCUAAGUCGGAAGGCGGAGCUGUGUAUUACGACAAGCCAUUCGACGUCCACUUCGACGAUCUAGGCUUCGUCAAACGCCUUAAAAAACUUGGCGAAGAGCGCAUUCGGCCCCGAAAUUGGACGUUGUAUGGGGUCAGCGCGAAGAGUCAGGAGCUUUUGGAUCUAGGGAUGUUCAGUCUUCCUGGUAUGGGAACGAAGGUCUUCAACGAUUGGGAAUCCUGGGAACCCGAGCCAGCGACGACGGCGUUAAGAUUUCCGGUCAGCGAGUUGAAUGAUCGGCACCUUGUGCUGCAGACGGAGGUAGCGACGCUGUUACUGGGAAAGGAAUGCUGGAGAGAGAGGACGUACAGAAAACUUGCGGAUUUUGAGUACUGUCGCGAGACUUUCCACGAGACUGACCCAAGCAAUGCCUCUUCGACAGAGGCUCACCUUAGCCGAAUCGCACCGACAGAGUCGGACGUCAACACUACAAUAUCGCACGAAUACUGGAUCAAGUCAAGCAAGGAAAACAACAUGGGCAUCGUAAAGAUAGAUGCGGGCUCCUAUUAUCAAACCUCCAUCGAUGCAGCCAUAUUGUCUGAAGCACAAUACAUAGGGAACGAGAAAAACGUUGAUGUUUUAGGAUAUCCUUUCUAUAACGUUAUGCUUUUUGAAAGGAAGAGUGGGGGUAUUCUUGCAGAGAGGAUAGGCUUGGGUAAGAUAUACAAAUCUGCGUGGAAGAAAUCGAAGCCGAGGAAUGAAAUUGUCGUAGUAGAGUAAACGGGGGAUUAGCUUACCUAGCAAUCGGCAUUCAUGUCUAUUCAGGACUUCUCGAGUCCGACCGUCACUGUCUUUCCAUUUCUCUCCGCUGCACCUUCUUCCCACCCCAAUAUUCGAUCGCACUCCGAGCAUGCAUAGUUUAUCAAACACUUCUCUAGGUAAUUCAUUGGGCAUAACAGCAC